AUGUUAAAUGAAAAUAUAAUACGUCCGAGUACUUCACCAUGGAGUAGUCCUAUCUGGGUAGUCCCUAAAAAAGUAGACGCCUCCGGCAAACAAAAAUGGCGCGUCGUUAUUGAUUAUCGUAAACUGAAUGAUAUAACCAUAGGUGAUAGUUAUCCUUUACCUAACAUUACAGAUAUACUCGACAAGUUAGGACAUUCUGUUUACUUCACUACUUUAGAUCUCGCCUCUGGAUUCCACCAAAUCGAACUCGAAUCAAACGAUAUUCCUAAAACUGCCUUUAAUACUCCGUAUGGACAUUAUGAAUUUUUAAGAAUGCCAUUUGGAUUAAAGAAUGCUCCAGCAACUUUUCAACGUGCUAUGGAUAGCGUACUCUAUGGAUUACAAGGUGAACGUUGCUUUGUUUUUUUAGAUGACAUAGUAGUCUUCGCCUCUAGUUUACAAGAACACGAACAAAAGCUAUACGAAGUCUUCAAUCGACUUAGGAAAAAUGGCUUAAAAGUUCAACCAGAUAAGUGUGAAUUCCUUAGGAAAGAAGUAGCCUAUCUAGGGCAUAUAAUUUCUAGCGAAGGUGUAAAACCUAAUCCUGAUAAAGUUCACGCAGUCGAUAAUUUUCCAGUUCCCAAAUCAUGCAAAGACAUCAAGUCUUUCCUUGGCCUAACCGGCUAUUAUCGCCGUUUCAUUUCUAAUUUUAGUAGUCUAACAAAACCUUUAACUAGUCUCCUUAAGAAAGAUGUUCCUUUUGUUUGGGGUGAAACUCAACAAUCAGCCUUUGAAGAAUGCAAACGUCUCCUUACCAAUCCUCCUAUUUUACAAUAUCCUGAUUUUACUAAAGAAUUUAUUUUAACAACAGACGCUUCUCUUCAUGCGAUUGGCGCUGUUUUAUCGCAAGGGCAAAUAGGUAAAGAUCUACCUAUUGCGUAUGCAUCACGUACUCUCAACAAAGCAGAAUCAAAUUAUUCCACCAUUGAACGUGAAUUAUUAGCCAUAGUUUGGGCUGUUAAGCAUUUUCGUCCCUAUUUAUUUGGUAGAAAGUUCAAGAUCGUUACCGAUCAUAAACCAUUAACAUGGCUUUUCUCUAUAAAAGACCCUGGUAGUCGUCUCGUUCGCUGGCGUCUCAAACUCGAAGAAUAUGAAUACGAAGUAAUUUAUAAAGCUGAUUAUUCCCCGACUAUAGUCGUCGGAGGUGUUAAAAAGCUUACAUAA